CAGACAUGCACGUUGCUCAUAAUCAGACAACUGCUCACUAAGUUUCAAAAUAUUGGUGGGAUUUACACACCAAGGGUGCAGCCACAAUCUUUUUGUUGUUGUUGUUGUUCUUAUUUGUUGUAAGCUCAGUCAUUGAGUAAUGUAUUCAAUCAUUUGAUGACCUUAACGGAAACUAAUAAUGUACAUUUAAGGAGCUUAUAUGUAAAAGCUUACAGCAAUCUCACCAACAUGAACAGUCUAAUCCUUAGUAUAUUCUUCUUAGAUAAAGGCAACUAGACAUGCAGCUCUCAGGGAGAAGUGCUGUACUGAUUGCAUUGGUCUGGUUAAAAGGUAAGGAACUCUUUUAUUAAAUAUCGUGUGUGUGAUAAAAAAGGAAAAAACAUGUAAUAAUACAAAUAUCAAUAGUUGCAUGUGCGAGUUUUGUUUAGAUGCAUAAUAAAAAUAGUGGGUAUUUUUUUUGAUGAUUUUCUACCUAGACGUAUUAUUUACCGGUUUAUAUUUAACUAACCUGCAAAUAAUCUGUAAUAGAUCACUGUGUCUUUGUAUGACACUGGUAUGACAGAGAUAACAUGUGAUUCCACGUUAAAUAUAUCUGGUCAACCAGUACACAAAAGCUAAUCAUCUUAAAAAGGAUUACAAUUGCUGUGUUUACAUCCCUCUUCCAAUUAACAUUGAAUAAUGCAAAUGAUAUAGAAAUUUAAUUUUGUAUUUUAGAGCAUUUGUGUGUUUGGACUGCUUGUAAUUGCUACCUCUGGUAAGAUGAACACCAUAAUGUAAUUAUAUAAAUAUUAUUUAUUCAAAAAGUAUAUUCUAUCAUUCUUUAAUUCCUCAUUAAAUAAGGCAGUAUAUUCCAUCCAAACAUAUCCUCUAACCUCUUUUGAUGUCUAACACAGCACUUUAACCCCUUAAGGACCAAACGUCUGGAAUAAAAGGGAAUCAUGACAUGUCACACAUGUCAUGUGUCCUUAAGGGGUUAAAGGGGAGCUCUCAAUUAUUUGGAAAUUACACCAUUAAAUAUAACAUUGAAAACCACCUGGAAAUUGUGUUACCCUUUUUAUGAGAUGCUUAUUUUUUCUUUUAAAUCUAUAUAUUAAAGAUGUAUCAAAUUACAUGAUAACCCACCUAACUCAGACCAGGAAAACAAGGGCAAAUAUUAGAAAUGAGAAGGCAAAUUAGCAUAAUUAUUUUAAUUCAGUGGCGUCUCUCGGAUUCAUUUUUAGAGGGGGCACAUGGAGGGCCAGGGACAAAAGUAGGGGGGCACAUUUAAUCCUGCCUUCACCGCAGUUUGACCACGCCCCAGCCGCAUGUUAAGCCCUGCCCCCAACACAAUGUGUUUUUUUUUUUUUAAUAAUCCCUGGUGGAGGAUUCAUUAUUUUCCACCAGGGAUUAUUAAAACAAAACACAUUACCCUCGAUACAGUGCCAUAGUUGCCAACAUUUGAAAAACAUUUCCAAGGACAUUUUGCAACACAGCUAUCAAUUACUGUCUGGGUAUAAUAUCCCUGGACAGUCAGUGCUCUCUGUAUAAUACAGGGUUGUGUGUAUAAUAAAUUGGGACAGUCAGUGCUCCCUGUAUAGUGCUGUUCUCUGUAUAAUACAGGUCUUUUUGUGUAUAAUGUAGCAGCACUUUACAGGGAGCACUGACUGUCCCGGGAUGUUAUACAGACACAGGCCUGUAUUAUACAGAGAGCAGCACUAUACAGGAAGCACUGACUAUCCCGGGAUAUUAUAUACACACAGAUCUGUAUUAUACAGAUAGCUGAGCAUAUACCCCAUGUCCCAAUCGCUAGACUACUAGUACUUGUCAACAGCAGCUCCCAGACACGUGUAACAGGGCUAAAGUGUGCGGCAGCUCACACAGAUGAUUCAGCGGUGUGGCGAAACCAACCUCUCCACGAAGCAUUGAAGAAGCCUGGUUGCUCGCCUGUUGCCCGUGGACUAUGGCCCCAUGUUAAAAAGCCUUCUUUUCCCCUGCAGAAAAGGCUUGUUCGUGCCUUUCUGCCCGGCGUUUGGUAGAUUCAAUGCUGCUUUAGUCUCUAUAAUAUAUACCACUAACUCUUUUUUGCUUGUAGUGGUCAUAGGCUAUCCAAACUAUAGCGCCAUCGACCAGCGCAUGAAGUCUGGGUCUACCUCUAUCUAGUCUAUACAUAUUAGCGUUACUUUGUUCCAUAGUUUGCUUCUCUUUGGGCAAGACCAUCGUAUAUGGACAUAAUCAGUCCUAAUGGGACUGCAACCCCAGCCUAAUAGUAGUGUUGGAGGAUACGUUUUGGCUAGUUUAGUUUAGGCACAUUGCCUUCUAUUAAUGGUAUUAUAGUGGCUGUCUAUUAGGUUGGAGUGAUGUAUUGCCUUGGCUACAUCAUUAUUUGCGCUAACCCAUUCUUCACUUGUAGUGAUGAUAUAUAGGUCAGGGGAGUAUCUUAUAUGGGUCAUGUAGCUUUACACAUAAUUUUCCCCUUUCUUUCCUCCCUUCCUUUCAAUUUUUUUUAAAAUAGAUAAAUGAAUAGCAUAUAUACAUACAUAUGCAACCAUGUAAUUCUGUCUUAUUUCUUAUGUCAAUAAUACUAAGAACUAAUACUAAGCAGUAGCCAAGGCCAUUCACUGCUUUAACCCCUUAAGUACCAAACUUCUGGAAUAAAAGGGAAUCAUGACAUGUCACACAUGUCAUGUGUAGUGAUGUCCCGAACUGUUCGCCGAACGGUUCGCGAACGGUUCGCCGAACGGUUCGCGAACGGUUCGCCGCGGACUCAUCAUUGAGUAAACUUUGACCCUGUACCUCACAGUCAGCAGACACAUUCCAGCCAAUCAGCAGCAGACCCUCCCUCCCAGACCCUCCCACCUCCUGGACAGCAUCCAUUUUACAUUCAUUGUGAAGCUGCAUUCUUAGUGAGCUGUCCAGGAGGUGGGAGGGUCUGCUGCUGAUUGUUUGGAAUGGUUCGCCGCGGACUCAUCAUUGAGUAAACUUUGACCCUGUACCUCACAGUCAGCAGACAUAUUCCAGCCAAUCAGCAGCAGACCCUCCCUCCCAGACCCUCCCACCUCCUGGACAGCUCACUAAGAAUGCAGCUUCACAAUGAAUGUAAAAUGGAUGCUGUCCAGGAGGUGGGAGGGUCUGGGAGGAAGGGUCUGCUGCUGAUUGGCUGGAAUGUGUCUGCUGACUGUGAGGUACAGGGUCAAAGUUUACUCAAUGAUGAGUCAGCGGUGAACCGUUCGUGGCGAACCGUUCGGCGAACCUUUCGGAACAUCACUACUGAGGAUUAGUGUAUUGUUUUCAUCUUUGGGCACUAAGCAUGUUCCUUUUUUCGUUCGUUUUUAAUUUUCUUCCCUUUCCUUUUUUUUUUUCUUGCUACUUUCCUCGCUAGACUGUGUAAAUGCGCAUUUGUCUGUGUUAGUAUUUAUUUAUAAGAUUAAUCUAUUAAGGAAAGGGUUUAUAAAUAUAAAAGAAGUUUAAAGAAGAUCUGAUAUAUAUUUGAUGGACUAACAAGCAAAUUAUAUAAUAGAGGUACUAAGGCAUUAGAAAGACUUUAAAGGUCAAUCCAAGACAGCGUCAUCUGCCUGAAACCACAUACUAAAUUUAACUUAUUUAUACAGUGUUCUUUUAAUACAAAAGAAUAUAUUAACAAUUAUACAACUUAAUUUAAUUAAAACCAUUCAAUGUGAGGUUAACACUGAUUUCUGUGAAUUGUAUCGCUAUUUUUGCAAUUUAAAUCACUGAUGUAGUUGUAUUUCAAUCAAGGUUUGUUUUUUUUCUUCUAUUUUUUGUUAGUAUUGUUAUCCUGUUCUAACAUAUAAGUAUACAAUAAUGCAUUUGGCCCUGCGCGGAAUAGGACUAUACAUUGUUGAGCACAUUUUAUUUUGCUACUAUUGCUAAAACAUACCUUAUAUUUUCAAAACAAAUUUUCUGUGUAUGCCUUCUUUUUAAAACAAAUCUAUGGCUUCUUUAGGUCUCUCUGACUUUUCUGUUCUAAGUAUUUAUCUUCUGUGAUGUCCUUGUCUCCUAUUUAUAUGCCUUUUGUUCAGGGUCAUUUCAUUUGUGUUUUGGUUGAAAACCCCCAACCUCAAGGCUCACAUGGACUGAUUGGCACACAGGCAUGUUUGCUAGUAUACCGCAGUAUGUAGAACCAACUGGCUUACCACACUAUGAGGAAUUUGAUCACUACAGGACACUCUGGUUACCAUUUGUGACAGUGGAGUCACUGGAAACAGAGUCUGCAUCUCUUACAUAUGAGCAGAUCUUUCUGAAUGCUCCCGUCUUCUGCACAUCACAGACUGAUGGAGGCUGCCAAGAUUUUUUGGCAAAUUUAAACUGGUUUUUUUUUGUUUGUUUUUUAUUUUCCAAGUACAUCAAUUCUAAAAAAACAAAAAAUGAAAGUGUAGUUACACUGGAACAGAGUUGGGUUUGUUAACUAAUGAAGACCAGGAAAAAGCAGAAAUUUUAAAUAACUAUUUUUCUUCGGUAUAUAUUAAUGAGGAUCCUAUGGCAAGAUAUAUGUAAAUGAUUGCUGCAAAAAAACUUGCAGAUAACUUGUGAUUGGAUAACUCAAGACAAGAUGCUACAGCUAUUAAAGAAAAUUAAUGUAAAUAAAUCUCCGGGGACUGACGGUUUUCACCCACGAGUACUUAAGGAGCUAAGUGGGGAAAUAAGUGAACCUCUGUAUUUAAUUUAUCAAGAUUCUUUUGUUUCAGGUAUUGUGCCGGAGGAUUGGAGGAAGGCAGAUGUUGUUCCUAUAUUUAAAAAGGGUUCAUUAAGGGAUAAUAUUCAGGAAUUAAUUGGGAUGAACUUUGUUAUUAGCAAUAAUCAGCAUGUCAAACUAACCUAAUUGCAUUCUACAAAGAAGUAUGUAGAAGUAUAGAUCAGGGUGUUGCAGUGGAUGUGAUCUACUUGGAUUUUGCCAAGGCAUUUGAUCUGGUUCCUCACAAUAGGUUAGUCUUCAAACUAAAAGAAAUUGGUCUAGAUGAAUAUUCUUGUUCUUGGGUAGAACAUUGGCUUAAAGAUAGAGUACAACGAGUUGUCAUUAAUGGUAAAUUUUCAGGCUGCACAAAAAUGGUAAGUGGUGUCCCUCAGGGUUCUGUUUAGGGACCACUUCUAUUUAACAUAUUUAUAAAUGAUCUUGAAAGAGGCAUUAAAAGCCAUGUAUCAGUGUUUGCAGAUGACACAAAACUUUGUAAAGAAAUAAAAUGUGAGCAGAAUAUUGCUUUGCUGCAGAGGGAUUUGGAUAGAUUGGGGGACUGGGCACUAAAAUGGCAGAUGAAAUUUAAUGUAGUGAAAUGCAAAGUUAUGCACUUCGGGGUUAAGAAUGCACAAGCAAUUUACACCCUAAAGGGUAGUGAACUAGAGAUAACCACACACGAGAAGGAUUUGGGAAUUGUUAUAGACAACAAAUUAGGCAGCAAUAUGCAAUGUCAAUCUGUAAGGUUUUGUCAUGUAUAAAUAGGGGCAUAAUCUCUCAGGGUGAAAAUAUAAUUUUGCCUCUUUAUAAAUCGCUGGUAAGACUACACCUUGAAUAUGCUCUGCAAUUUUGGGAAAGAUAUCAUGGCACUAGAAAAAGUGCAGAGACGUGCUACAAAAUUGAUAAAAGGAAUGGAGCAUUUUAGUUAUGAAGAAAGGUUAAAAAUGUUUUAAUCUGUUUAGUUUGGAAAAAUGGCACCUGAGAGGGGAUAUAAUAACAUUAUACAAAUAUAUUCGGGGCCAGUACAAACCUUUAUCUGGAAAUCUAUUCAUAAACAGGGCCAUACAUAGGAAACAAGGUCACACAUUUAGGCUGGAAGAAAGGAGAUUUCAUCUAAGGCAAAGAAAAGGUUUUUUUUACAGUAAGAUCAAUAUGGAUAUGGAAUUCUCUGCCUGAAGAGGUGGUUUUGUCAGUCAUUACAGAUGACUGCAAUUGGAUAAAUACUUGCAAAAACAUAAUAUACAGGGAUAUAAUUUAUAAUUAGUGGGGUAAUAACUGCUUGAUCCAAGGAGACAUCUGACUGCUAUUUUGGGGUCAAUAAUGAAUUUUUUCCUAGUUUGUUGCAAAAUUGGAAGCGCUUCAGAUUAGGUUUUUUAUCUUCUUUUGGAUCAACAGCAAAAAUAUAUGUGAGGAAUGCAGAACUUGAUGGACGCAAGUCUCUUUUCAGCUAUGUAACUAUGUAACUGUUUAUUUUCAAUCCUUCCAUCACAUCACUGCCAGAAAAAGUGUUCCAUUUCAAUUCUCGUAUUUUUCCGCCACUCUAAAUUUGAAGCUGACUUUUUUGCAAAAAACUGUGUAAUUUAGGCAGAGAAAAGCAGAAUCUUUUUAGAUCAUUUUUAGAACAAUGUAAUAAAUCUGAACACAUUAGAGACCAAAACAAAACGUUUUCAGAUUACUUUGAUAAAUCUCCCUCAUAUUGUCACACCUCUGGCACUUACUGAAUUCUACAAAACAAAUGGGAAUGAGUGAGCACUUAAGAGUCUAACUGAAAGCAUGAGACUGAGACCUUCCCUUUCAAGGAUUUGCUCAUAACAACUUUUACCCAACUAAUGCAACUAAAGAAAACUUACUAGAAAUAUAUUUACUCAGUCGAAUUUGUGAAAAUGCCUGAUAUAUCUAUUAUUGCAAUACAUUUUGGAGGCUACAUGACAAAUAUGGCAAGCAUUGAAUUGUACCCAACAUCUCUAUAGCACAUAUAGACCCCGUUGUGAAGGUUAAUUGUUGCAAGCUGUUAAAAGAAUGCCUUAUAGGAAAACAUGAAAAUUGAAUAAAUUGUUUUAAUAUAAUACAAUGCCCUUUAUUUGACAGUAAUUCAAGGUGCUCGACCUGGUGAAGACACUUCAUCUGCUGAUGAUGAAAAUGAAACCUCUACAAAAGGUUGGACAUAGUUACUAUAGAUUUCAAGAAAACAUUUGUGCUUUAGUUUUUCAUUAAACUAUUAGUAUUAUUAUUAUUAUUAUGCUGCAUUAUUAACUGUAUGCGGAUUUUAAAAUGUCAUGCUUUUUAUUCAUGGUGUAUUUUUCUGCCUGUUCUUUGUUCAAAUGUUUGCUGUCCCCCUGGUACUCUGGUGGAUUGAUUAUUGGGAGUGGCUGGGGAUGGCUCAGCUUUCAUGGUCCAUAUUGUUACCAAUGACAAAGUCAGAGGAAAAUUGGAAGGUUGCUGAGUUCAGGGAAUUAGGAAAUAAAUUGAAGAAAAGGACCUCCAAGGUAGUAUUUUUAGAAAUAUUACCUGUGCUGCGCGCUACAGUACAAAGGCAGUGGGAGAUUAUGGAGGUUAAUGUAUGGCUAAAGUCAUGGUGUAGGAAGGAGGGUUUUGGCUUUUCAGAGCACUAGGCCGAUUUUGCGCUUGGUUUCAAUAUUCAUAACAUGAUAGAUUGGACCUAAAUUGAAGAGGGUCUGCUGUGCUGGGGGACAGGAUGGCUAGAAGAUUGGAGGAGACUUUAAAUUAGAGGUAGGGUGCAGGGACACAGAAAACUGCAAAAUUGAGAUAGGACUAAAUGGAGUUAGGCUUUAGCUCUCCUCAAGGCGGCGGAGAAGGGGGAAGGGAGAACAGAAGAGGUAUGUAAUAGCAAUAAACAUUCCCAUAAAUUAAAAGUAACCAACGAUAAUAUUUAAUGCAGGCUUACUAAUGCAAAAAACCUUAAAUAACCUAGGGGAACUAGAGGCAAUAGCAUACAGUAAGCAAUAUGACAUAAUAGGCAUAACAGAAACAUGGUGGGACAAGACACUUGACUGGGCAGUUAACUUAAAUGGCUACACAUUAUUUAGGAAGGAUAAAAAAUAGAAAAGCUGGUGGGAUAUGUUUGUAUGUCAACCAUAAGUUAAAGCCAAAUCUUAAGCAAGUGGAAUGUGACAAGAGAAAUGUGGAAGCUUUAUGGAUAUAUAUUUGCUUAUAGAAGGCUUAUCAAUAAACUGCAAUCUUUAAGUUUGGAUUCCAAUAUUGUUGAAUGGGUAAGGCAGUGGCUGAGUGACAGGCAACAGAGGGUUGUAGUUAAUGUAAUAUAUUCGAAGCUUGGACUUGUCACCAGUGGGUUACCUCAGGGAUUUGUACUUGGACCCAUUCUCUUUAAUAUUUUUAUUAGUGAUAUUGCAGAAGGUCUUGAUGGUAAGGUAUGUCUUUUUGCUGAUGAUACUAAGAUAUGUAACAGGGUGGAUGUUCCAGGAGGGAUAAGCCAAAUGGCAAAUGAUUUAGGUAACCUAGAAAAAUGGUCAGAAUUGUGGCAACUGACAUUUAAUGUGGAUAAGUGCCAGAUAAUGCAUCUUGGACGUAAAAAACCCAAGGGCAGAGUACAGAAUAUUUCAUAGAGUCCUAACCUCAACAAUUGAGGAAAGGGAUUUAGGGGUGAUUAUUUCUGAUGACUUAAAGGUAGGCAGACAAUGUAAUAGAGUAGCAGGAAAUGCUAGCAGAAUGCUUGGUUGUAUAGGGAGAGGUAUUAGCAGUAGGAAGAGGGAAGUGCUCAUGCCAUUGUACAGAACACUGGUGAGACCUCACUUGGAGUAUUGUACACAGUACUGGAGACCGUAUCUUCAGAAGGAUAUUGAUACUUUAGAGAGAGUUCAGAGAAGGGCUACUAAACUGGUUCAUGGAUUGCAGGAUAAAACUUACCAGGAAAGGUUAAAGGAUCUUAACAUGUAUAGCUUGGAGGAAAGACGAGACAGGGGGGAUAUGAUAGAAACAUUUAAAUAUAUAAAGGGAAUCAACACAGUAAAAGAAGAGACUAUAUUUAAAAGAAGAAAAACUACCACAACAAGAGGACAUAGUCUUAAAUUAGAGGGGCAAAGGUUCAAAAAUAAUAUCAGCAAGUGUUACUUUACUGUGAGGGUAGUGGAAGCAUGGAAUAGCCUUCCAGCUGAAGUGGUAGAGGUUGACACAGUAAAGGAGUUUAAGCAUGCGUGGGAUAGGCAUAAGGCUAUCCUAACUAUAAGAAAAGGCUAGGGACUAAUGAAAGUAUUUAGAAAAUUGGGCAGACUAGAUGGGCCGAAUGGUUCUUAUCUGCCGUCACAUUCUAUGUUUCUAUGUUCUAUGUUUCUAUGCUUGGGACGAAAGAAAGGGAAUCAAUUAUUGGUUGGGAUAUGUUAUAGACAUUAAUGUUAAUAUUGAUGAGGAAAAACAGCUGUUAGAGCAAACUGGGAAAUCUGGGUAACACGUUAAUUAUAUGUCUAUCCAGACUUAAAUUGGGAUAGAGGAACUAGUAGUUCAGCAAGGGUAAUCAGGGUUUUGAACAUCUUAAAUGUCACCUUCAUGGUACAAGCACAAACUAGAAAGGAUGUUUAAACAGAUAGAUAAUGGAUCAGCGCUAAAUAAUCUAAUAGAGGCUAAGAGCGAAUGAGAAAGCAGCAACCUAUAAUUUUGAGGUUCCCUCACGUACCUUCAAAAGAAAUAGACAAACAAAAAAAUGGUAUAUAGGUUGCGCUAUAGGGACAUGAGAAUAAUAAGUAAAAUAAAUAUAUAUAUAUGUAAACAGAAUAAAUAAAUAAAAUAAUAGUCCCAAUACUAGAAUGUCUUUAAUUACACCUGUAAAAGUGCUUGAAUAUGGAAUGAGUCCAAUGAGUAGCUGGAUCUUCUGAUGCUGAAGGUAUCUCAGUUCAAUUGUAGAUAUGUGGAUAUGUAAAAGAGACAAAAAUACUCCAAUAGUGCAGAUUGCAAAUCGACAAGUUGAGAGAUAAAAAUCAAACGGCAGAUAAUCCACUCACCUAUUCAUGAGCAUGGACUAGCUCAAGUUUUCAUAGCAUUCAGUGGCGUCAAUCCCCCACUGGUAGGAUAUAGGUGGUGAAAUUAUGACGAGCUCCUCGGUAUAUAGAGAGAUAAGAAAACGAUAUAGUGCUCACUAAAUUAAUGGAAAGGUAAAUAGAUAAAAGCGAUAGAAUACUCACAUAUAUAUGAGCAGAAUAUGCUGCUCAAUAUAAUAGCAUAGGUGGUAUUAUCCCCACCUAGGAUUCUUGGGCAGGUGUGUGCUCCGAUGUAACAGGUAACCAGGUAUAAAACGAAAGGUAAAAUAAUAAAAGGUAUAUAAAGAAUUCUUAGACCUCACAAUUUUACUAAACAUGGAUGGCACGGUAAAAGUAAAGUAAAAAGUAGCCUACUACAUUGUUUUUGUGGGUUAUGUCCAUCAUUGGGGAGAAAUAGUGUAGCUGCUUUAAAAUAUUUUGUUAUAAAAGUUCUCUUUAUACAUACUGCUACUACCCAUACUUUCACACACACUAAUAAAGGCACAGUUAUGCAAACACACGUACAUACACACAUAUUACUACACACACUGUACAUACACACAUACUACUACACAGACUGUACAUACACACACUAUAUACAUACACACACUAUACACAAACACAAACUGAAAAACAUACUUACAAAUACAGUUGCAAGAAAGUGUAUGUGAACCCUUUGGAAUGAUAUGGAUUUCUGCACAAAUUGGUCAUAAAAUGUGAUCUGAUCAUCAUCUAAGUCACAACAAUAGACAAUCACAGUCUGCUUAAACUAAUAACACACAAAGAAUGAAAUGUUGCCAUGUUUUUAUUGAACACACCAUGUAAACAUUCACAGUGCAGGUGGAAAAAGUAUGUGAACCCUUGGAUUUAAUAACUGGUUGAACCUCCCUUGGCAGCAAUAACUUCAACCAAACGUUUCCUGUAGUUGCAGAUCAGACGUGCACAACGGUCAGGAGUAAUUCUUGACCAUUUCUCUUUACAGAACUGUUUCAGUUCAGCAAUAUUCUUGGGAUGUCUGGUGUGAAUCGCUUUCUUGAGGUCAUGCCACAGCAUCUCAAUCGGGUUGAGGUCAGGACUCUGACUGGGCCACUUCAGAAGGCGUAUUUUCUUCUGUUUAAGCCAUUCUGUUGUUGAUUUACUUCUAUGCUUUGGGUCAUUGUCCUGUUGCAACACCCAUCUUCUGUUGAGCUUCAGCUGGUAGACAGAUGGCCUUAAAUUCUCCUGCAAAAUGUCUUGAUAAACUUGGGAAUUCAUUUUUCCUUCGAUGAUAGCAAUCCGUCUAGGCCCUGAUGCAGCAAACCAGCCCCAAACCAUGAUGCCCCCACCUCCAUACUUGACAGUUGGGAUGAGGUUUUGAUGUUGGUGUGCUGUGCCUUUUUUUUGCCACACAUAGUGUUGUGUGUUUCUUCCAAACAACUCAACUUUGGUUUCAUCUGUCCACAGAAUAUUUUGCCAGUACUGCUGUGGAACAUCCAGGUGCUCUUGUGCAAACUGUAAACGUGCAGCAAUGUAUUGUUUGGACAGCAGUGGCUUCCUCUGUGGUAUCCUCCCAUGAAAUCCAUUCUUGUUUAGUGUUUUACGUAUUGUAGAUUCGCUAACAGGGAUGUUAGCAUUUGCCAGUGACUUUUCUAAGUCUUUAGCUGACACUCUAGGAUUCUUCUUCACCUCAUUGAGCAGUCUGCGCUGUGCUCUUGCAGUCAUCUUUACAGGACGGCCACUCCUAGGGAGAGUAGCAGCAGUGCUGAACUUUCUCCAUUUAUAGACAAUUUGUCUUACCGUGGACUGAUGAACAGCAAGGCUUUUGGAGAUACUUUUAUAACCCUUUUCAGCUUUAUGCAAGUCAACAAUUCUUAAUCGUAGGUCUUCUGAGAGCUCUUUUGUGCGAGGCAUCAUUCACAUCAGGCAAUGCUUCUUGUGAAAAGCAAACCCAGAACUGGUGUGUGUUUUUUAUAGGGCAGGGCAGCUGUAACCAACACCUCCAAUCUCAUCUCAUUGAUUGGACUCCAUUUGGCUGACAUUUAGCUCUUGGAGAUGUCAUUAGUCUAAGGGUUGACAUACUUUUUCCACCUGCACUGUGAAUGUUUACAUGGUGUGUUCAAUAAAAACAUGGCAACAUGCUUUGUGUGUUAUUAGUUUAAGCAGACUGUGAUUGUCUAUUGUUGUGACUUAGAUGAUGAUCAUAUCACAUUUUAUGACCAAUUUGUGCAGAAAUCCAUAUCAUUCCAAAGGGUUCACAUACUUUUUCUUGCAACUGUACAUAUACACACAGAUAUGCACUCAGACAUGGACAUGGUCUAUACAACAAAACCACUCUAUUAAGCUAAAGUUGUUUUGGUGCAUAUAGUGUCCCUUGAAAUAUCAGAACAAUAUCAUUACAUCUUCUUUUCCUGGGAUUUUAUUAAUAAUGGACUAUCAUCACUUUUACUGUAAUCCACUGAGGGCCUCCAUAACAAUCAGUUACCAGUGAAAACCCAAUCUAGGACCCUCCCUUCCCAAAUAAAGGAAAAUAGGUUGAGCAAAACCAGGGAUGCUUAUUGAGUAGUUCACUUUCUAAAAUGUGUGGAAAGGUUUAGUGUAACAAUAACUGAGUUCGGGCGAUUAAAUACCCUUACAAUUUUCUGCACAGUCAACUUUUCCCUAAGCUCCUACUGAAGCAACGCUUUCCCCUAAUACAGAACCAGGGAUGUUGGUAUUGUGUUGCUAGAUAUAUAAAUCACCACUUAACUAUCUAAUAUAUAAAACUUUCACUCCAUAACCACCAGGCCCAGACAAUAAAAUCAAUCCUUCCUACCUAUAAGCUUUUAAAUUAAAUUAUGGUCAGUUUUAGUGGGAACAUUACAUCUCCUAUAUAGACAAUUGUCCUUUUACUAUGGUUAAAGGACCACUAUAGUGCCAGGAAAACAUACUCAUUUUCCUGGCUCUCUAGGGUCCUUGGGUCCCCCUCACCCUCUGGGCCCCCCUCCAGCCAGGCUCUAGGGUGAGGAAGGGGUUAAUCCCUUACCUUUUUUCCAGUACCGGGCUCCCUCGGCGCUGGGGACUCUCCUCCUCCUUUCCCCGUCCCCGUCAUUCUCUAUGCUUUCCUAUGGACGCUGGCGUCUUCUCACUGUGAAAAUCACAGUGAGAAGCACGAAGCGCCUCUAGCGGCUGUCAAUGAGACAGCCACUAAAGGCUGGAUUAACCCAUUUGUAAACAUAGCAGUUUCUCUGAAACUGCUAUGUUCACAGCAGAAAGGGUUAUUCCUAGAUGGACCUGGCACCCAGACCACUUCAUUAAGCUGAAGUGGUCUGGGUGCCUAUAGUGGUCCUUUAAUGCAUGCUGACUUGUGAAUAAUUGGAAAAAAUAUUGUAACAAACAGGACAAAAAGGCACAAGUUCUAGUAAACCUUUAACAAAAAUAGCUUUUUUUUAGAAACUUUUUUGUUGUUUUGUUUGAGAAAUAGUGGAUAAUUUGUCUUUAUUCUAUUAAUUUGUAUUUAUCAUGUUUAAUAAAUAAUGAGCCCACUCAAUCCGCGGUGGGACACCUCCUCCAGACACUCGUGGGUCCCGACACAAAAUUUGAACUCAAUCAAAACCCUUCUGACUCGUCACAAACUGAUAGACUGCUGGAGGGCAUACCACCCGGAUGAGAAGGACUACACCUUCUUCUCACACUCACACAACACAUAUACUAGACUGGACUACCUCUUUACCUCACACUAUCAUCUACCAAUAACACGCGAGGCAGAGCACGGGGUGGCGACAUGGUCAGACCACGCGCCAGUACUCCUGACACUCUUGUCCCCCUUAUACAAACCCCGGUUCAACAAAUGGAGACUAAAUGAAUAUCUCCUAACCAGACCCGACUUAACAACCGAUAUCAAUGAAGCGCUCAAAGAUUACUUUGAGACGAACACUGCCGAACAAACCUCGCCGACCAUUAGAUGGGAGGCCCACAAAACCGUAAUUCGUGGACACUUCAUCCGUCAGGGCACCAUCUUUAAAAAGCAGACCAGCAGUCGCCUGACAGAACAAGUGACGGAAAUACAAAAGGUAGAAGCACUUAACAAAAACACACAACACACGACACACCAGGCGACACUACUACAUCUAAGACGGGAGCUGACGGGCCUUUUACAUAGGAAACACCAUAGAGAAGUAAUUAGGCAUAAGGCUUUUUUUCAGCUCCACGGCAAUAAGAGUGGUAAACUUCUGGCCAGAAUGCUAGUCAAACAAAGACAAAGGACAUACAUUGACAAAAUGAGAGACACACAGGGCACCUUACAUCACUUACCCUCUAAAAUCCUAGACAUAACGCGGGACUACUACUCAAACCUGUAUGCCAUCCCCCGACCCCCAACUACACAAGGCGAAAGAGGGUCUACGGGAGAGAAUACAAACCUAUCUAACGGCCCACCCCCUCCCGUCCAUAGAAGGGGAAAUCGCAGACAGUCUAGACGAACCAAUCUCAAUAGAGGAACUAGCUCAGGCCGUCAAAGUGACAAAACAGGGUAAAAGCCCAGGCCCGGACGGGCUACCACUAAAGUAUUACAAAACAUUAGCGGAACACUUAUAUCCCCCUCUUCUAGAUGCACUGAAUGCACUGAGGGAAGGACAUCACCUUCUAAAACAAGCACUAAUAGCACACAUCGCACUCAUUCCGAAGGAGGGAAAGGACAGGGAACACUGUGGGAACUAUAGGCCCAUCUCGCUCAUCAACUGCGAUGUCAAACUGUUGGCAAAAAUAUUGGCUACAUGCCUCCAAACACACAUCCCCACACUAAUACACCCGGACCAGGUGGGUUUCGUUAUGGGACGUGAGGCUAGAGACAACACGAUCAGAGCAUUGACUCUCAUGCACAGACAAGAUUGAGGGGACAAAGGCGUUCUGCUGCUGUCCACGGAUGCAGAUAAGGCCUUCGACAGAGUUGACUGGCAAAACAUGUUACACACACUGACACAUAUCGGGCUGGGACCGCACUUCUGGAGAUGGGUAGAGGCACUGUACAACGGGCCCACUGCCCAUGUCAUUGUAAAUGGAGCCCUGACAAAUUAAUUCCCCAUAAACUACGGCACAAGGCAGGGAUGCCCUCUAUCCCCCCUGCUCUUUGUGCUGACACUCGAGCCCUUUCUGACACACAUACAACACAACGCAGCUAUUAGGGGUAUUGGAAAGGGAGACACGCAACACAAGGUAGCGGCAUACGCCGACAACCUCCUUUUCUUCGUCACCAACACAGAGAUCUCACUCCCAAAUAUCUUGAAGGCCUUCAGGACCUUCGGGGAGAUAGCCAACCUUAAAAUCAACUUCACAAAAUCCUAUAUCUUGAACGUUAGUAUACCUGAACACAGAGCCACCCCCUUGAAGCAGAGCCACACAUUCCAAUGGGCUCAACACAAGAUACAGUACAUAGGCACAUUGUUGACGAGGAGGGAAAAUGACAUAUUCAGAGAAAAUUUUAUCCCCCUGCUAGAUAGGUUCCAGAAAGACCUGUCGGAUUGGGCGUACCCACACAUAUCAUGGCUAGGCAGGAUCCAGGUAAUAAAAAAUUAACCUGCUAUACCUCAUGCAAGCCCUACCUAUAAUCAUCCCCAGAUCAUUUUUUCAGACCCUGAGACAGGCAACUGGAAAAUACGUAUGGGACCACAGGAGACCGAGAGUUAAGAUGACUGCACUGACGCUACCCAAAGACAGGGGAGGACUGGCCAUGCCAGACUUCACCCUGUACUAUGAAUCCUGCCACCUCCAAAGAAUUAUGGAGUGGACAAAAGAGAGAGUGUUCAAGAGAUCGAAAGAAAUAGAGGAAACGGAAGAGGGGAAACCGCUGUCCACUCUACCAUGGCAGAGGAGCGUAUGGACCGGAGGACAGGGUUCACCCUACACAACUGCAACAAUACGGGCAUGGGGGAGAGUAGCAAAGAGAUGUGUACUAGCGCAGUUCCCAUCCCCCCUGCUCCCCCUAACGCACAACGACAGUUUCCCACCGGGAUUAGACCCUAACGCAUUCAGAGACCUGCUCCAACACAAGAUACCUAGACUACACCACCUCCUGGAUGGAACUAAUUGCAAAACCCUCCUGACCCUAUUAGAGGGAUCCACCCCCACCCUCCUACACCACCUAAAACACAGACAGCUACAAAGCUAUGUUCAUACUCUCCCACGGGGCAUAGCACUUAAAUGGGACCCCACCACAUUCAAAAGAAUGUGUAUGGAGCGAGACCCACAACCGCACAGGAUCUGACUCAUUUACUCCAUGCUACAGAGGGAAACUCCAACGGAGAAACCCAAAUUUAUGGGGAGAUGGGAAAAAACACUGGGGAAAACUUUCACCGACGGAGACUGGGAGAAGAUAUGUUACUUAAUGCACCACUGCUCAGUCUUCAGCAGGACACAGGAAACCACGUUCAAACUGCUGACGAACUGGUACCGCACCCCAAUCAUACUCCAUGCCAUAGACCCGGAAACCCAUGGACCUCUGCUGGAGGUGCAAUAAGGAGGCCGGCACCGCGCUCCACCUAUGGUGGGAGUGCGAGGCCAUAUGGCCCUUCUGGCAGGGCAUACACGGCUUCCUCAAAACCUUCUCAGACACACCACCUCCUUUUCUCCCUGAAAACAUGCUCCUACACCACACAAAAUCCCCAGACAGGUAUAUGGAAAUAUGGACCCACUGUAUACUGACUACUACCAAGGCAGAAUUCACAAAUAGACUCAAAUAUGACACGUAGACGACGAGGUGGCGAGGCCGCAUAGACCGAUAAACUAAGAGACGAACUGGACAGACACAACCCAGACAGAGAUGCACCCUCCCCCACAGACAACUCAGCCCUGGUACCCCCCCAACACUACACACAAGCUAACAAGAACAAUGCACACGGACGCACGAGCCCAACGGAAUACCACCGACAGGAAGUACACGGGAUAGCACCAUCAAACCCGAAUCCACAUAGCCUCUCAGAACCACAACACACAGGGAUAUGGGAAGAAAGCAACUGCACGCCACUGAAGGCCAACAGGGCCAAAACCACACACCCGAACACCUGAGAACGGAAAAACUAACUUAAGACACAGGGGCAGAAACCAACCCAACAGACACAACACACAAUAUCCGAUGCCUCCACACCUCACCCAUAAAAUUGAUACCUACCAUGGGCCUGCGUGCCGCAAAUAUGGUGACAAACAAGAGACCUGCGUGUCUGUGAUUUCUGUCUACAAAAUGUACUCAAAAUAUUUGUUACUGUUGACACUAAUUUUAUGGUUUCAUUGUUUUUUUUCCCCUUCACUUCAUCAGCAUUAAGUCUAAAUGAGGUAAGAGCAUGCAAAAGCCUUUUGAUUAGCAAAAAUACAUGUUUACCUAUUUACUGUGCUUUUUAUUUGAUAGCUAACCAUUAUGAAAAGAAUAAAGAGAAGGUGGGGUGUACUUUAGUAGGUGCAAUGCUAAUGUAACAUACAGUACAGAAUUCUAUAGGUCUUUUUUUACUGAACUCCUGUUUACGUGGGACUUUCUAUAUUCACAUAAAUAUUGUAUCACAGUAUCUUGAUACGUGUGUAGCACCCGCAGAACAUCCUAGUAACAAUGUUACUAUCCUCCCGUGGAGUUAGCUAUUAUAGGUCUAACCAAGGUCAGGUCGUGUGAUAGAAAUGUGACAGUGUAGAUGGAACACACGGCCAAUAGUUAGAGAUAAGUCAUAUAUAUUCUGGAUGAGUCUUAAGGUCUGAAUGAGGCAAGAGUCUCUAACUCUCAUAACAAUGUAUGUACAUAACAAUCUAAUGCCAAAUUCAAAUUUAUUAUUACAGCCUAGCCACCUACAUACCAUGAAAAGGAGUAAACUUUUGAGAAGUGCUAAACCAGAAUAUUCUUAUUGUAGCCAAUGUCUACAGUGAAGCUGGGUCUUGCGAAAAUCUAUAUACUUUUAGCUGUUAAUUGUUAUGUUUAUAUGCUGAAAGCACAGGCCUAGCUAAUUGCAAGGAUCUCUGUUGCUACAUUGUCCACUAGAUAUAAUCCUUGAAUAGCUAUUACACUUUUGAUGAAGGUAUGUCUACAGAGCCAUCUUGUAAUUUUCUUUUGUAACUGUAUUGACAGUGGCACAGCAAAUCCUGCAAAUGUGAUUGCCAAGGAGGAUCCAGGUCAUUGUCUUCCAAAGUUGCAGCGCUAGAUUGCAUGCCAGGUGAGAGUAUAAUUUUACUGAGAUUAGAGCAAUGGUUCCCAACCCAGUCAUCAAGAACCCCCUAACAGUCUAGGAUUUAGGGAUUACCUAGUUGUGUCUAAGGUAUUUUUAGAAAAGAAAAAAAAAAAAAGAAACACUUCAGACACAACAGGGUAAUUUUAAAUCCUGGACUAGUAGGGGGUACUUGAGGACUGAGUUGGGAACCACUGUUAUAGAGUGUUAUAAUGGUCAAAGUUUACAUUUGCAUUUCACAUCAACAAAUCUUUGUAAUUUUCAUUGUACAGUGGCAAAAUAAAUGCACGACUUUUACAUCUUAAUGUGAGGUGCAUUAUAGCCAUAACAUUGUAUAUUACCUGUUUCUUUUCCAAUUAUUUGUAAAUCAUGAUUCUUUUAUGAGAUUUGUAAAUCAUUGGUUGGAAGACUAAGGUUGUUUCUAUCGACUCUAGAUAAAUUUUUCUUAACAACCAGGUCUAGACCCAAACCUUUGCUCCCAUAUAAUUUAGGGGAUCUUUGCUUGUAAGAACAGAUAAAGCAUAAUAAUCAGGCCAUAGUCAAUCACACACAGUAAGAAUACAUACCAGCACUGCCUUUCCCAAUGCAAUAUAAAUAAGUAUACUAAAGCUGCAGAAUCAAAAACAUACUACUAUAUACUAAAUAAGAUAAGAGCUACCCAAAGUGACAAAAAAAAAUCACACAAAAGACAAGCCUGACACGCAUUUUGGCAUGUAUACCCUGUCGAAGGUGUGGUGCUACACGCCGAAUCUUAUAUUAUUUAGUAUGUAGUAGUAUAUUUUUGAUUCUCCCGCUUUAGUGUGGACUAUUUUCUUAGGUAUGUAGGCAAACCAUUGACGUGAACAGAGGUAAUGUGGGAUUUAUUAGGCCUAGCAGGACUGUAGCUAUUUGUUGUACAGGGUUCCAAGCAGCCUUUUUGACCUUUUGGUGGCUUGUGUAGACACACAUGUUUGUAGGUGUCCCAAGGUGUUGCUAGGUUUAUCCUAGGUUGCAGUGUUUUUUUCCUUGGUUUAUAGUGAAAAAACACUAUAAACCAUAGACACUGGUCUAUGGUAGGCACACAGUCUUUUAGGUUUGUUGAGGUAUAUUCAGGAGAAGGUUUGCUGGGGGUUUGAAUUAAGUCAUAUCUAUACUCCUCAUUUUGCUGUAUAUUCCUGCCUUUAUUAUUAUCUUUAAGUUUAUUUUCUGAUUAUAGAGGUUUACUAUCUUUUUCUUUGGCACCCAGAUCUUAGGUGUGCUGAGAGAUAGGCAGGUAUCUGUGUCUCUGGGAUAUUGUGUUAACCUAGGGACAAUGAGAGGUUUUAGCGAAUACUCCCCUUUCAGUCUUUUUCUUACCCUUAUCCACCUGUAUUCCUGCUACUCCUUUGUUCAGCUUAUUUUAUUUAUUGGUUGUCUACACCAUAGAUAGCUGUUUCUUCUCACUCCUCUAAUGGUAUUUUGGAUUUGAUAUGCAAUGCUAUUCAUUAGACAUAGAGAUUUCCUCGGAAAGCUCAUCAAAUAUAGCUUUUUAGGACACCCUGCUAGGAGUGUAAAAUACCAUUUGUAUCUGUGAAUUAUCACAAGCACGUGUCUGAUUGGUCCAUGUGUAAUAAAGACCAUUUUUAGUAUCUUGUUUUGUUACAUUCAAUAUAUUAUAUACCCACCUUUCACAGAUCAUAAUCCUCAGUGACCUAUGUGCCACUGUGGUUUAAUAAGGUGUUUUUUGUCUAUUAAUACUUUGCGGGUUACGCCCUACAGAGGAGUCACUGGGUCAAGAUUUACUUAACCUACAGGUUCCUUUUCACUAUAUACAGGAUUAUAAAAUCCCUUGAGUGACUGUAGCCCUAGAUCAUGAUGCAGCCAUGCUUAACUACUCCCUUUUACUGAAGAAGCUUAUGUUAAGGAGCACAUUUUAUGAUUGCGUAUUUUAUCAUACUCGUUCAUCAUUCAAUUUAAUACUUAAAAAAAAAUAAUAAUAACACAAGAUAUAUGUCUUAACCAUGGAGAAAGUGUAUAAACGGAUCAUGUUUUUAAACUGGUACUGCAUAUAAUUCGAUAUAACUAAUGAAUUACAAAGUUUGAAAGCUAUCGUGCAGAUCCUGGACCCAUACAUGUUCCUGUUUUUCCAAAAUUGAAGCAGUUAUCAUUUCAUUUUAAUUCAGCCCUUACCCAAUAAUGAUAAGUUCAGAGAGGGAUUCAGAAGAUAGAAACAGGUGAUAGGCUUUGGUUUCAAAUAAACUACAAUUUGUCUGCAGUUUGAGCGAUUGGCGGGUCGUCCAAAAUUCACAACUCAGAAGCACAAUAUGGACGUAUGACGAAACAACGGACAACAAGUUUUAUUUGUUUCAAGAUUUGGAGUUCCGCCCAAGGCACCAAAAAAGAGAUAAUAGGAAAAAAAGACAAGUUAUUCCUAGGGAACAACCACUAAAUGGUUGAUUAUAUUCACAGAUCAAGUGAGAAGUGACCAAUAGAGGGGCAAAAAUAAGCAGAAAAAAAAUCUGUAUUUAUAUAUUAUAUAUUUCAUCAAUAUAUCAUAUAGAAAUUUUGAGAAAUUUUUUUUACUGCUCCUCCUUCCUCUCUUCCCCCCCUCCUCUUGUUGGUCACUUCUCACUUGCAUAGCAGGAAAGUGUUCCUAUUAGUGUAUUGGAAAAUAUAGGUAAUAGUUUUAUUUGGUAUAUAUUUUACAGUCCACUGGCCAAUUUUCACUUCAUUUUGUUUUCUCGGUUUUCAAUUGGUUUCCCCAAAACGAUUGGGUGAAGAGCAGUUGUCUGAAGUGAAACGUCACAUGGUUGAAUUUUGGUCCACCCGGACAAAUUUAUUUGCCCAAACCGUGCUUGUCUUCCCAUCUUUACUGCUUGCCUAGUCCACAGGUUUGCAAGUUGGAUAGAGUUGAAAUUGAUAAUGUUGAAAUGUAAAUUCUGCAACAUUAUUAAACUGGCCUAAAAAGGUUACAGUCUCUAGGUACUAAACAGAGGCCCAGUUUUAGUCAAAUCACUCUCAUACAAUUUGACAAAGAGUGCAGGUUAUGCCCCUAGACUCUUUGCAGCAUAACUAUUACAUCGAACUAUAGCAUUUAUGGUAUUCUUUUUAAUGAUGUGAACAACUAUAUAGCCUUUUAUCUUAGCCUUUUUAAUAAUGUGAAAAAAUACAUUUAUCUUGUUAAAAUGUAUUCAUAAGUAUUCAAGCAGCUGUAAUUGUAUUAUUUUAUUUUACAUACAUCUUUCUCCCAGCGUGUAAGCUGCCUACACACCCAUUUUUAGAUCCAUUUUUUGCCAAUUAUGUAAAAUAGUGUUUUCAUAAACCAAUUCCAAAUUUUAAAUGUCUUGAUUCAAAUGUCUUUCAUGUAUAUUUUCCAGAUGAUCUAGUAUCAGAAUUUUUUUUUUUUAAUACAAUUCUUUAUUUUUGCAGUGCAUGCGAUUAAAAACAGGCUUGCAAUACCACAACAGUAUACGCAAGCAAUUCAAGUAACAGACUAUAACUUUGACAUGGUUUAUGAAAUAACUGAACAAUUUUUUAUUUUUUUAAAGUAAAAUCAGGCUGGUUAUUAAACGGAAUGGUACAUAUAGCAGUACGGAAUCAUCCUGCAGUGAUCUGUCUACUCUAACUGAUAGUGCUUUAGUAAAAUAAAACAUGCUUGAUAACAGGCUAGACAUAUUCAGCUGAACACAGGCUGGAAUGUAAGGUAUUUUCUAGGCAUAGCAAAAGCAAGGCGCAAGAGUGUACUGAGAUGAAUUUUCUAGGCAUGGCACCAAACACUGGGAGAUUGCCAGGUGAGGAUGAGUAGGGUGUAUGGUAAGCAAUCCAUUCAUGGCUGUACAAGCAAAGUACUAACUGCCAAUUAGAAGGCACAGCCUAUGUACAUUUAAGCCAUGCUUGGAUUAGUAGUGUCUAGCAGGUUUAGGGGACAGGUAUUUAGAAAAAAACGAGUAAGAAAAGAUAUGUCAAUAGAACAUGAAAUGACAGGAUGUAGGGUUAACCACGCUAGUUAUCAUGAGAAUACAGGAACCACUGGGUGAUGAGUAAAAAAUAAAGGCAGCCACAAUUAUGAUACUAGUACAUAGUAAUACAUUGGGUGAGUAGCUUUGCAGGAAUAAUUAAAAUACAAGUAAAAUAGCAGAAGGAAAAAGAAACGUUCAUCAGGACACCAGCUAGCCAAUUAAUCUGUUCACCCAAUGCCUCGGAUGGGCCAUGGUAAAAAUGUCUUCCCCCUUUCAGAAACAGCACCCCAUCUCCCCGUCACCGGACCUGGAAUGAAUGCCCCACUGCUGAGUGAUUCUCGAACCACAGGCCAUCAGUGCCGCAUGUCUUUGGCUCCAGGCCUGAGCAGGAGCCUGCGCCUCAUGUCCAUGGAUCCUGCGUGCCAAUGUGGUAGGAUCGUGAGUCCGCUGGUGCACUGACUUCUUUGACGUCCUCCGGGUAUAUGGAAGGUGAAGUGGAGAUUUCUCCAAGUGGGUCCCCGGCCCAGAGGAGUGUAACGGACCGUUUUGCCCACAAGAGGUUAAAAACCGUUUAGGCGAUAUUCCCCUUUCAGAUGCACAGACAGCUACUGCAAUAACCAAUCUCCCGAACUGGAGACACACGAAUACCGGAAACUGCUGAACAGGAAAAACCAUAUGCAAGGUUUACACUCCUGGCAGUCAGCAUACCAUCCAAUUCCGCCAAUAACGAGACGACACUUCGUUUGAGGGUUAAGCAGAAUAUGUUUACUGGCACCAAAAGAACCUUCUUUUAUGCAGGUUUCCCUUAGAUAGGACCACCCACAGGGUUUUACAAAACAACCGAUCAUACAUGUAUAUUACAGAAACACUCCCAGCAUUUACAUACAAAAAUCCUCCCCUCUGGCUGUGAUAUAAUUAUGUUACACAAUGGUUUAACAUAAUUAACACAGGCAGUAAAAAUACAGUUUUUAUACAUAUCCUGUAACUUUAAAACCAUACAUCCAAUCUUCAUAAAAAAAUGACAUAUUUAGAAUUAGCAACUUUCAAAUAUAAAUAUAACCAAAAAUCAGCCAAAUCCAUCCAGGGGUUCAAAAGUUAGCUGGAGUUCCCUUUAUGACCGACCGCAAGCACAUUUUCCUGCCGAAAACAGUUCCAUAGAUUUGGGCUGUGCGGUCGGUCUAUUUCAGGCUGAAAAAACGACUAAGUCCCAUCGCUGAAUGGGACUUAAUCUCUGCGGCUGCAAAAUCAUUGUGGGAGAAGGUAGAGCUCAGCAGUGUUUGCGGGAAUGUGUAGCCGAUUUUAGUUCCAUGAAUUUGGCUACACAUACCGCUGUCCUCGUGCAAAUGAACAAAGAUGGCCACCGCCAAGCGUUCGGCAAACGAACAAAGGCCACCCUGCAUUGUCAAUUAAGCUGCGGUUAACCGCAGCUUCUGGGAGGUAAAUUGCCGACACACUCCCAAUACAGGUGGUCCGCCUGUGUGGUACUUGGUUCAGUAAGCCCCAUUUACUGAACCAAGUGGGAAAUAGCUAGAAACAAAGGGUUUUAACCAGGUCUGGGGACACAGAGGACACUGUCUUAAAGGGGCAGUGUCCCAAACAAGUCUGGGGACAUCGUCUUAAAGGGGCAGUGUCCCAAUUUUCCCUAUGCCCCAAAAAGGUGCUUAAAGGGCCAGCACCAAUCCCAUAAAACGUACAUAAGCCCCAAUAUGCCCACCGACUGUCUUAAAGGGCCAUACACACCCAAUAAAAGUCCAUAAGUUUUCACAAUCUCCCAGGGGCCAUAGUCUAAAGGCAUCAGGCGGGCAACCAGGCUUCUCCAGUGCAUAGUGGCGAAGUUGGUUCCUCCACAAGAGGUACUUCACUUUGGUUCAUUGGCAUGGGGGGGGGGUAAGGCAAUCCAAUGCCAAAACCAUUCACAGAUGGCAUCAAAUUUCGUUAGGAAGAAGUCUCUCCAUUCUUGACCCUCCAGGCUCAUUCGACUGUGAGAAAGUUCCAACAUGGCAGCCAUUUUGGUUGCACCACACUGCGUUUAUGGCCACCAGCAUUAGCUGUUUUUUGCAUGUGAAGAGGUAAAGUGACCAGUGGGGAAUCGGAUGACCCCCGCCGGUCCAAAGGAGGGGUAUCAGGGCUCUGUGAAAGCUGCUGUGGUAUGCGUGCAGACCCGCAGGAGAUUGGCUGCCUCUCACCCCGGCCUGCACGCCAGCACCAGUAAGCCACGGAGAUGAUCACAGCUGCUAGUCGGCAGGUAACUCUGGAUUGGGCUUAGGGAUUUGUGCUUGGCUAUGAUGGCAAUCUGUUUGCUGCUCCGGAAGUUUAAGGUAAAGAUUUUGAAGUGGUUGCCCUUGUUUAUUGCUCAAGUGGUCAGGCGCUACAGAAAAGCACAACCAGCCAUCUUGCUGAUCAGGCCCCGUCCCCUUCAAGAGAGUGCUCCUAAUCUCAGCUAGUUACCUGUAAAAAAGACACCUGGGAGCCAGAAAUCUUGCUGAUUGAUAGGGGAUUUCACAAGAAAGGUAGUAGGGAGGAUUCAGGCAACUAUAGGCCAAUAAGUCGUACUUCAGUAGUUGGGAAAGUAAUGGAAACAAUGUUAAAGGAUAGGAUUGUUGAGCAUCUAAAAAUCACAAGGAUUUCAACAUCAGAGACAACAUGGGUUUACUUCAGGGAGAUCAUGCCAAACUAAAUCGUAUUGAUUUUUUUUGAUUGGUUAACUAAAAUAAUAGAUCAGGGUGGUGCAGUAGACAUAGCUUACCUAGAUUUCAGCAAGGCUUUUGACACUGUUCCCCAGAGAAGGCUUAUCAAUAAACUGCAAUCUUUAAGUUUGGAUUCCAAUAUUGUUGAAUGGGUAAGGCAGUGGCUGAGUGACAAGCAACAGAGGGUUGUACUCAGUGAAGUAUAUCUGAAGCAUGGGUUUGUCACCAGUGGGGUAUCUCAGGGAUCUGUACUUGGACCCAUUUUCUUUAAUAUUUUUAUUAGUGAUGUUGCAGAAGGUCUUGAUGGUAAGGUAUGUCUAUUUGCUAAUGAUACUAAGAUAUGUAGCAGGGUUGAUGUUCCAGGAGGGAUAAGCCAAAUGGCAAAUGAUUUAGUUAAACUAGAAAAAUGGUCAGAGAUGUGGUAACUGACAUUUAAUGUGGAUAAGUGCAAGAUAAUGCAUCUUGGAUGUAAAAACCCAAGGCAGAGUACAGAAUAUUUGAUAGAGUCCUAACCUUAACAUCUGAGGAAAGUGAUUUAGGGGUAAUUAUUUCUGAUGACUUAAAGGUAGGCAGACAAUGUAAUAGAGCAGCAGGAAAUGCUAGCAGAAUGCUUGGUUGUAUAGUGAGAGGUAUUGGCAGUAGAAAGAGGGAAGUGCUCAUGCCAUUGUAAAGAACACUUGUGAGACCUCACUUGGAGUAUUGUAUGCGGUACUGGAGAACGUAUCUCCAGAAGGAUAUUGAUACUUUGGAGAGAGUUCAGAGAAGGGCUACUAAACUAGUUCAUGGAUUGCAGGAUAAAAGGUUAAAGGGACACUAUAGUCACCUGAACAACUUUAGCUUAAUGAAGCAGUUUUGGUGUAUAGAACAUGCCCCUGCAGCCUCACUGCUCAAUCCUCUGCCAUUUAGGAGUUAAAUUCCUUUGUUAUGAACCCUAGUCACACCUCCCUGCAUGUGACUUGCACAGCCUUCCAUAACCACUUCCUGUAAAGAGAGCCCUAGUUAGGCUUUCUUUAUUGCAAGUUCUGUUUAAUUAAGAUUUUCUUAUCCCCUGUUAUGUUAAUAGCUUGCUAGACCCUGCAAGAGCCUCCUGUAUGUGAUUAAAGUUCAAUUUAGAGAUUGUGAUACAAUUAUUUAAGGUAAAUUACAUCUGUUUGAAAGUGAAACUAGUUUUUUCUUCAUGCAGGCUCUGUCAAUCAUAGCCAGGGGAGGUGUGGCUAGGGCUGCAUAAACAGAAACAAAGUGAUUUAACGCCUAAAUGACAGUGAAUUGAGCAGUGAAAUUGCAGGGGAAUGAUCUAUAUACUAAUACUGCUUUAUUUAGCUAAAGUAAUUUAGGUGACUAUAUUGUUCCUUUAAAGAAACUUAACAUGUAUAGCUUGGAGGAAAGACGAGACAGGGAGAUUUGAGAGAAACAUUUAAAUACAUAAAGGGAAUCAACACAGUAAAGGAGGAGACUAUAAUUAAAAGAAUAAAAACUACCACAACAAGAGGACAUAGUCUUAAAUUAGAGGGGCAAAGGUAUAAAAAUAAUAUCAGGAAGUAUUACUUUAUUGAGAGGGUAGUGGAUGCAUGGAAUAGCCUUCCAGCUGAAGUGGUAGAGGUUAACACAGUAAAGGAGUUUAAGCAUGCGUGGGAUAGGCAUAAGGCUAUCCUAACCUACCAUUAAAAUUAUAAACUGGUCAUUUCCUUGUCAGUGGACAAACGUUCAAAAUCAGCAGGGUAUCAAAUACUUUUUUCCCUCACUGUAAGUAAAUAAGUAAGUGGAAUGCACGGAGAUCACUGGUAGGAAAAGUACCUCCAGGAGGCCCCUUGGGCAGGUUAGCCCUGAGUCGAAAAUACAUGAAACAUGUCUUCCUUAGUGUCGAAUGCUGGGAUGCCACAUCUGAGAGAGAAUGCAACUGCUCGGCUGUGAGUGACUUAGAAUCAGGCCUAGGUGUACAGUUGCCGAAUGGAAGUUCUGCUGGAAAGCAAAGGCUUUUAAAGUGUAAACGGCUCGUCUAAAAGCUUCAGAUGUCAGCUUUGCUGUUUGUUAUACCUAGCACACGAGGCAUAGUUUGUUCAAGCACGUAGCUGUAAUAAUUUACAAAAUUAGGAGUAUUUGCACGGCGCUCACUCCAUGUGCUGCCAUUCAACAUGGCAGUCAGGCCCCGCCCCCAAGGUUUUUAUUUUUAGAAAUAUUGAGUACUGUGUUAUAUCAUAAUUUAUGGUAUUUACAAAAUGUUAAAGAUGUUUUGUUUAAUUUAUUAUAUAUUCUGGUCUUAAUAAGGGAUCCAAAGACCUUAAAUUAAGGAUUAGGCACUUUCACCCAGUGGAAUUGUGGAAUGCAUGACAUGUGAGCUGCAAUAAAAUAGCACCUUAAAUAUAAAACAGGAAUAAAGUAUGGAUCUCUGCCUUCAACUUUCAAGCACUUCUUUCAAUAUUGACAGCCACGUAAUUCUUGACUUGAGACAUAAAACGGAGAAUCUUUGGAAGAGGAGCAUCAAGUCUGACAUUCCCGGAGAGAUAUACACUGGGAAGACGCAUUGGCUCAUCCAUACGCCAUCUUGGGAGAGCUGCAGCAUUGAUCUGUAGGCAACAAACAUAGAUUCACCUGUAUUGCUUCCUUCAAGAGUCUUGCAGGGGUGUCCACAUGUCAGGCCAAGAAAAAACCCAUAUGGUUCACAAAAACAAUUAACUGCUUCUGGCUGGAUGUCUUUAACAUAAUUUCACAGAGUGUUAAUGAUGCUGGGGAAUGCUUGGCUGGACUUUAUAUAUUUGUUAGCCCUUUCCAUUGAUUGCUCCUCAUUGGCUUGUGAUCCAUGUGGACAUGGAGAUGAUUUUGGGAGAGGCACUUAGGCCAGAGGUGUUCUUGUUUCACAGUACAUCCCUUUCACUAAAAAUACUUGGUCCAUCAUCUCUUAAAGGUGGACAAAUCAUUUAUCGAAUCUUCUGGAAAUUAGGGGAGGUUUCUUCUCUCAAAAAGUAGACAGAAUAGAAGCUAUAAGAUAGACUAAUGCUAUGAUGGGUUCUCUGUAUGCAAAUGGGCACAUAAUGCCAGGGCCUGCUUUCCUUAUUUGAUGGGAAAUGUUAUCUACUUUUUAUGAUCUUGGUAAGCAAAUUAUUAAUAAAGAAUAUAAAAAUGUUUUUCAGAAUGUCCAUAUCAUAAACCUCUUGGUUUUGAAUCUGGAGCCAUAAGUGCAGAGCAGUUAACAUCUGCUAGCCAGGACCAGUAUUCAGGAUGGUACUCAUCAUGGACUCCCAACAAAGCAAGGCUUAAUGGACAAGGCUUUGGGUAAGUUAAUUAAUUCUUUGCCAUGGUAUGAGAAUGUCAAAGAAUGUUCUUAAUACAAAAAGCACUGUAUUUUUUUAGCUCACAGCAUAUUUCUAUAUAGAUGACCAUAAAAAUGAUUAACCUUAUAAAAUGCAUUGCCAAUUUAAAAAAAAGAAAAAGAAAUAAACAAACAAAUAAUUAUAAUCUGGAGCCUAUAAACAUAUAAACUGUACAAGAGAGAGAGACCUGGAAAUGGGCUGCCUCGUAGAUAUAGGUCAAAAUAGUAAUUGUAUGUUGCAGUUUUUUAUGCACUAACGGUAUAUACAGAUUCUCCUUGCUAUAUUACUUCCUUCCAACAAAAAGUAUUUUUAGUACUAUUAUAUGCAAUAUUAUAAAUGUAUGUUUUUGUAAUUAUUCUGGUCUUUAUUACAAACAAUUGCAAUUUUGUCUUUUUUUUUUUUAAAUGCCAAUAGAUGUGCAUGGCUAGCUAAAAUCCAAGACAAUGGACAAUGGCUACAGAUAGACCUGAGAGAUGUGAAGGUUAUUUCUGGCAUUAUGACACAAGGAAGAUGUGACAUAGAUGAGUGGACGACAAAAUACAGUGUUCAAUAUCGAUUGGAUGAGACUCUAAAUUGGGUUUACUAUAAAGAUCAAACAGGAAAUAAUCGGGUAAGCGACAUAUAACAAUUACCGUAUAUACUCGAGUAUAAGCCGAGUUUUUCAGCACAUUUUUUGUGCUGAAAAACCCCAACUCGGCUUAUAGUCGAGUCAGUGUCUGUAUUAUGGCAAUUUACAUUAAUUUACAUUGCCAUAAUACAGACUGGGGGCUGGCAGAGCUGUUACUUACCUCUCCUGCAGCUCCUGUCAGCUCUCUCCUCCUCUGCACCUCGGUCAGCUCCCAGUGUAAGUCUCGUGAGAGCCGCGGGGUCAUAGUGCGGCUCUCGCGAGACUUACAGUGUGAGCUGAGAGAAGAGCUGCACGGACCGGCGCGGAGGAGGAGAGAGCUGACAGGAGCUGCAGGAGAGGUAAGUUACAGCUCUGCCAGCUCCCCUCCUCCCCCCACUGAACUGCCAAUGCCACUGGACCACCAGGGAAGGAGAGCCCCCCUCCCUGCCAUGUAUCAAGCAGGGAGGGGGGACAACAAAAUAAAUAAAUAAUAAAAUAAUAUUAAAAAUAAUAAUAAAAAAAAAUAUAACGAAAAAAUUUAAAUAAUAUUAAUUAAUAAUAUAUAAAUAUAAAUAAUAAUAAAAAAAUAAUUAAAAAAAUAAUAUAACCAAAAAAAUUAAAAUAAUAACUAAUAAUAUUAUUAUUAUUUUUUUUUUUAUAAAAAUGCCCACCCCCCACCAAGGCUCUGCAACACAAACACACACUGCAUCACACACACACACACUGCAUUCAUAUACACACACUGCACUCAUACACACACACACUGCACUCAUACACACACACACUGCAUUCAUGUACACACACUGAAUUCAUACACACACACUGCACUCAUAUACACACUGCGCACUCAUACACACACUGCGCACUCAUACACACACACUGCAUCACACACACACACACUGCAUUCAUACACACACACUGCACUCAUACACACACACUGCAUUCAUAUACACACACACUGCACUCAUACACACACACUGCAUUCAUAUACACACACUGCAUUCAUACACACACACUGCACUCAUACACACACACACUGCACUCAUACACACACACACUGCAUCACACACACACUGCAUUCAUACACACACACUGCACUCAUACACACACACUGCACUCAUACACACACACACUGCAUUCAUAUACACACACUGCACUCAUACACACACUGCGCACUCAUACACACACUGCGCACUCAUACACACACACUGCAUUCAUAUACACACACUGCACUCAUAUACACACUGCGCACUCAUACACACACACAGCAUUCAUCAUAUACACACACUGUAAUUAAAUAUUCAAUUAAUAUAAUUUUUUUAGGAUCUAAUUUUAUUUAGAAAUUUACCAGUAGCUGCUGCAUUUCCCACCCUAGUCUUAUACUCGAGUCAAUAAGUUUUCCCAGUUUUUUGGGGUAAAAUUAGGGGCCUCGGCUUAUAUUCGGGUCGGCUUAUACUCGAGUAUAUACGGUAUUUCAGACUAUAUGCAUGAUUAAGGAUAUUGAUUCUAAUAAAAGUAGAUGUGUUAACCUAUAUAACACCAACAUACACACAAUAACAAUUACAAACCUUUUUUUAUCUUGGAGGUCAACAUUUCUAUUUAUUUGUUUUCCAAUUGGGACACUCAGAAUUUACUGGGAGUUAUCUAAUCUAAUUAUAUAUCCAUUGUGUAAAUUAUGUUCAAUAUGAGUGACAUUUUGGGGAAGAUAAUUCCAGUGGUCACAUCUGCAAAGAAAGUCUCAUCGGUGACAGAGUAAAUAAUUUCAAGGAAAGGGUUAUACAAAUCAUGUGUUCAACUCAGCAAUUUGCUGGGAAACACAUAUUCAAUUUAACCAAGAGAAGAUACUCUCUACAUUUAAAUGGAUAUGUUUAAUGAUGGUGUAUGUAGUGGUGCGCUUUUUCUUGUCACACAAUAACCAUGAUUUUUUUUUUUUUAAUUCUAGGUAUUUUAUGGAAACUCAGAUCGCUCUUCAACAGUGCAAAACUUCUUACGCCCUCCUAUAAUAGCACGUUACAUAAGGAUAAUUCCACUGGGUUGGCAUGUCCGCAUAGCCAUAAGAAUGGAAUUGCUUGAGUGUAUGAGCAAAUGUGCUUAACAAUCAGAAAAUUGUAAAUUAUCAUACACAGAAUAUGUAGCAAACUUCCUAGUGUACAUCUAGGUAUACAAAUGUAUUCUAAUAACUAAUUUUUGAUCAAGAAAAGUCAUAAAAGUAGUUUUAAAACCCUUUAUAGCUAAACAUAUUAGAGCUGCAACAUAUACACAACAUUUAUGUGAUUAUAUUUUUAAAACACAGUAUCUUGCAUUGAAGAAGUUUUAAAUGGUAUAAGUUUGUGGACAGAUUUUGUUGUGAUAAAAAGCUACCAUAUAAAAAAAAAAAAGUUUUGUUUUAACCGUAAACAGUGUGCGACACGUUCAUUUGAAGACUAAGAAUGCUUAAUGGAUUUACUUUUCAAAUUGUUUCCAAUUUUUAAAACACCAACAUUUUGAAUAACAGACAUAGCAAAUAACUAAAUGGAAAAUACAAUCUACAAUUUUCAGGUCACAGUUGCCUUAGUAUUUUUCAAUCAGGUACUCAAACAAAUCAUAGUAAUUUUUUAGCCGGUAAACCACACAUAUCUUUUGCUUCACACUUAACAUUUUAAAAAUUUUUUGUAAGAUGACAAGUGAUGGCAAAUAAAAAUUAAAAAAGCGAUUUACUCACCUCUGGAUGGUAUUUUUUUUUGUGUUCCUGUGCAAGAGGCCUGGGAGUCUGGACAGCAAUCUUAGAUGUCACACCUGGAAGCUGCUGAAGCCCCUCUCGCAACUUGGGGGUGUCACAGUCCCAAGUGCUUCUAUCACAACUGCCUCAUUUCUUGCUAUUUGUCCACCUUCUCAUGUUCCUUCUUCCUGAUGUUUUAGCUCCUGGGUAUUGUCCCAUCCACCACCACUGCAGUCUUCUGCUUCUUGUCAACCACCACAAUGUCGGGGUGGUUGGCUAUUAGUAGCUUAGCUGUCUUGAUCUAAAAGUCCCAUAGCAUCAGCCCGCUCAUUGUCAACUACCCUUUAUGGUAUCUCCCAUCUUGACUUAGGCAGGUCCAGCCCAUAUUCUUUAUAUUAUUAUUAUUAUUAUUAUUAUUAUUAUUAUUAGGAAUUAUAUAGCACCAACUGAUUCCACAGCGCUUUACAAUAUUAUAAAGGUGGAAAUUUAACAAUAACUGAGACGAUUACAAAAUGUUACAAGAACAGUAAGUUGAAGAGGACCCUGCUCAAACAAGCUUAGUCUAGAGGUGUUUCUAUAUAUAUGGAUGUGAAGGUGGAUGUGGCAAUACCCAGUGACUAUAACAUCAGGAAGUAGGAACAUGAGAAGGUGGAGAAAUACCAAGGACUGGAAGAAGAACUAGAAAGGAUGUGGAAGGUGAAGGCAGUAGUAGUCCCAGUUGUGAUAGGAGCACUCGGGCCUUUGACUCCCAAAUUGGGGGAGUGGCUUCAACAGAUUCCAGGUGGGACAUCUGAGAUCGCUGUCCAGAAGAGUGCAGUUCUAGGAACAGCUAAGAUACUGUACAGAACCCUCAAACUCCCAGGCCUCUGGUAGAGGACCCGAGAAUGAGGAUAAACAUAACACCCAGGAGGGAUAUAUAUAUAUAUAUAUAUAUAUAUAUAUACACAGAUGAGAGAGAUUUUAGCCAUAUUAGUCCAGUGAUGCAGAUGUAAAACAGAUAAAAUUUGUAUCUUGUAAUACCUUUUUUUUAUUGGACUAACACAAGAUAUUUACGACCCUCUGUGAGAAUGGUGUCUAUUUUCUAUCAAAUCUAUGGCUUAUCUGCACUCAUGUCGCUUUAACCCCUGUAUCACAACUCAACUUUGAAAUAUAUGUGUCGUCUUUGCUCAGAAAUGCUUUAGACUUCAGAAAGGGAGGUUCUACCGAAAGCUUGUCAUUCCAAAAUUCUGUUAGUCCAAUAAAAGAAAAUUGUGUAUUUGUAAUACUCUC